AUGGCCCUCAACGGAGGCUCCAUCACCGUCAGAUGUGUUCUUACUGUCAUGAAAGGACACCAGACGUCGGAAGAUGUGCACACGGUCCUAGUCCCGCUCCCGCAGUCGAACCUGCACAGACAUUUUCUAGACAUGUUGAAGGGUGGGCAAGGCGCUGACGUGACCUUCACCGUCGGCGGCCAGUCGUUCCUCGCGCAUAGAUGCGUGCUCGCGGCGAGGUCGUCGGUCUUUAAGGCCGAGCUCCUUGCUGGUGAGAUGAAUGAGACUCUGGUGGAGAGCAUCAAGAUGGAUGACAUGGAGCCAUCCAUCUUUGAGGCACUUCUUCACUUCAUCUACACCGAUUCCCUGCCGGAUGACCGGCACGAAUAUAAUAAUAGACACACGCAGAUGCAGCACCUGCUUGUUGCCGCGGAUCGAUAUGGAAUAGAGAGGUUAAUGGCUAUGUGUGAAGGGCAGCUGUGUCGAAACAUCAAGGUGCAAACCGUUGCAACCACCCUUGCUCUAGCGGAGCAACACCACUGCGUGCACCUGAAAAAGGCUUGCCUUGCAUUUUUGUCUUCGCGGGAUGUGCGCCAAGCUAUCAAAGAAACAGAUGGAUUCAAGCACCUUGUAACAAGUUGUUCAUCGGUUAUCCUCGAGAUAUUUGACAAGCCUCCCCCGCACUCCUAA